AUGCGAAAAGAGUUGUUCAUGCGUAUAGCUAACGAUAUCACUUCUUUCUCCCCAGUUGGUGAUGAGCCUGUGCCUCGUCGUUUUGUUGAGCUUCGAAACCAGCGUGUAGAUGCAAGAGGUAAACUCAGUUUUUCUACAAUUCAAAGGUGUACAUCCGCGAUACGUCAGCUGGCGUAUGACAACGUGGCCGAUUCACUUGAUGAGUAUCUACAAAUAGGUGAACAAACUUCCAGAGACGUGCUUGAUGCUUUUUGUAAGUGUGUGUUUGACCUUUACAGAGAAGAGUGUCCAAAAGCAUGGCAAGGCCAGUUCACUCGAGGUGAUAAAGGGGUACCAACCAUCAUGCUUGAAGCGGUUGCAUCGUACGAUUUAUGGAUUUGGCAUGCAUUUUUUAGAACGGCGGGUUCAAACAAUGACAUAAACAUACUCAAUCAAUCACAUUUGUUUAGGGAAAUCGUUGAGGAUACGGCUCCGGAUACUUCAUUUACGGUUAACGGAACCGAUUACCAGAAGGGGUACUAUCUAGCCGAUGGUAUUUAUCCUGAGUGA